CAAACUCAUCAUCAUAAGCAACAAUGGUGGUGUCACUCUUCUCUUCAAGAAAUGUUUUCUUUACGAUAAGCUUAUGCUUAUUUGCAGCAUUGUACCGGCCGGUUUUGAGUAGACCGGCUAAGUUUGAAGAUGACUUUAGGAUCGCAUGGUCCGAUACUCAUAUCACUCAAAUUGAUGGUGGAAGAGCCAUUCAGCUUAAAUUGGACCCUAGCUCAGGAUGUGGAUUUGCUUCGAAGAAGCAAUACUUGUUCGGCCGCGUGAGCAUGAAAAUCAAAUUGAUUCCCGGUGAUUCGGCCGGAACUGUCGCUGCCUUCUACAUGAAUUCAGAUACCAAUUCUGUACGAGACGAGCUUGAUUUCGAGUUCCUAGGAAAUCGAAGUGGACAACCUUACACAGUACAAACCAAUGUGUUUGCUCAUGGUAAAGGCGACAGAGAGCAAAGAGUUAACCUUUGGUUCGACCCUUCUCGUGAUUUCCACGAAUACGCCAUCUCAUGGAACCAUCUCCGUAUCGUGUUCUACGUAGACAAUGUGCCCAUUAGGGUUUACAAGAACAAUGAGGCAAGGAAAGUACCGUACCCAAGAUUUCAACCAAUGGGUAUAUAUUCCACGUUAUGGGAAGCCGAUGAUUGGGCGACACGUGGAGGAAUAGAGAAAAUCAAUUGGUCGGGAGCGCCAUUUUAUGCUUACUACAAAGAUUUUGAUAUAGAAGGAUGUCCGGUUCCGGGACCGACGUAUUGUCCUAAUAAUCCGAAGAAUUGGUGGGAAGGAAGUGCGUACCACCAGUUGAGUCCGGUGGAAGCUCGAAGUUAUAGAUGGGUCCGAGUGAACCAUAUGGUCUACGAUUAUUGUACCGACAAAUCUCGUUUUCCUGUUCCACCUCCAGAAUGCUCGGCUGGAAUAUGAUCCAACAUUAUUGUCUUAAAAGUGCCAAGUGGUUCCGUAAGAAAUGUUGCAAUGUAUGUGAAGUGAUUAAUGAGUCUUGUGGUAUGUGGUGAACUAAUUGAUCUGAUUGUGGUCAAAUGUUCAUAUGUCUUUGAGUAUUACUUUGUUUUCAUUGUGUCUUAUGUUUUAUUGAUCUUUUCAUUGUGUCUUAUGUUUUAUUGAUCUAUUGAAUAGAGAACCAUGUUUGUU